AUGACUGACGUUCUUGGUGUUCUUGUCAUUGCCCGUAAUGGUGACCGCACAGAGUACUACCAGGAUCCCUACACCUAUGAGAGCUCCUACACCGAGAGUACUGCCCUUGGUGCUGCCGAGUCUCACCAGCUCGGAUCAUUCCUUCGCUCUACCUACAUGUCCUCAUCUUCUCCUUCAUACAUCGCGGACAUGAAAACCGACCUCGUGGACAACCACGAGGUCCACGUCCAUGCCAAGGCUGGCGGUGAGGGCGCCGUAAUCUUCGACUCUGCUAUCGCCCUCCUCCAGGGUCUUUUCCCUCCCAACCCUGCCAACAAGAUCGUUCUUGCCAACGAGACCACCGUCAUUGCUCCUCUCGGCGGUUACCAGUACGUUCCGAUUGAGACCGUCGAGCCUGGUAACGACAGGUCCCUUGAGCCAUGGACCGACUGUCCGGCUUUCGAGCAACACAUCUCUAAUGUCUACUCGUCUCCUGAGUUCAAGGAGACCGCAAAGGCAGCUAGUCCUUUCUUCGAUUCUGUCAGGGACUACGUGUUCGGCCGCCCUACUACUCUUGAGAACGCUAUCUACGACUACAUCUCGACUGAGCUCUCCCACAACAAGACAUACGCUCACCGCCUUCCCCCCACGUUGGUUGAGCAGGCUCAUGGUUUUGCUAACUACCACGAGAAUGCCAUCUUCUCGGACAAGGAUGUCGGUGGUAUUGGUAACUUGGCUGGCCGCACGAUUCUCCACACGGUCUUGAACUCCCUCCAACGGAUUGCAUUCAACGGCGACCCUCUGCAGUUCCUCCUCAUUGAGACCUCCUACCAACCUUUCAUCUCCCUAUUCCACAUGCUUGAGAUAACCAAGGAAAACCCGGAGCUUGGCAGUAUCCCCAACUAUGCUUCUGCUCUUGCCUUCGAGCUCCGUCGCGGACCUGCCCCUGAAGACCGUGACUUUAUCAGAAUCAAAUUCAAGAACGGCACCAGCGACUUCCAGACCUACCACGCUUUCGGCCACAGGUCUGACAUUGCCGCAACGGAAUUCAUCUACAGGAUUGAGAACUACGCCAUUACCAGUCAGAAGCAAUGGGCCGCUGCUUGCAGCGCAGGUCUUGAGGAUAACUGGCUCCACAUUGGCUCCCAAAACGCGAUUUCCAGCACUGUCUUUGCUAUUCUGGCUGCUGUCUUCCUCCUCGGCAUGUUCAUCCUCUCCAAAUUCGUCAAGAGCGCCCGUGCCAAGGCUCAGAACACUCGCAUCCGCCUUGCUGACGACGAGGUGAGUCAGCCGCACCUACCUGAAAACCAGUACCCCAAUUAUGGAACCCUUUCCAACGUGGGUCCUGGUAUCAUUGUCGUACCUUUUUGAAUCAUGCUAAUAAAAUGUCAUCUCUUUUGUUUUUUCAUGACAGAACAUCGUCGCUCAGCCCGCUUCCAUGAGUGAGAAGCAGCGCCUUCCCUUGUAAACGCUGGUUUAGAGGUGCCAGAGGUUGAAAAAUAUCUGCUUCAGCCGGGGGUGGGUUUCUUGUUUGAUUGGUACUUGGACUGCAUCGCAUUGUUUCAGACUCUUACCGCAUUUUUCUUCUCGUUUACCAUAUGACUGCUGUGUAGUUUACAAUAUGGGACUGGGUCCCCGUAGUUGUGAAAAUUUACACAUUUUCUCGGAUCUUUGCG